GUGCUUUCUUUGUCAAUGAAGCGCCGCUCUGAGCUGCAGUAGCGCCGUCCGCCCGGGAGCCGGAGCCCAACCCGAGCCUGCACGAGCCAGAGGGCGAGGAGAGCGGGGCGCAGAGGCCGGCGCGGGCGGUGGGAAGGAGGGUCCCUCGUGCGCCCCGCGGCCGCCAGCCCCCGCUCUUGGAAGCCUCGCCCCCUCAGCCAGUAGGAGCUGCCGGGGAGGGGGGCCCCCGGGCGGCGUCCGUCCCAUCCUCCGGCCCCGCGCGGCGACCGCACCGUGGGAACCCCGGCGCGCUCCCACCGCGGCUCCAUGCGGCCCCGGCCCCGGCGCGGGUGAAGCCGCCUCCCGGAGCCCGCCCCGGCGCGGCAGGACGAGCGAGCAAGUGGCGCCGCCCGGCGCUCCCGCCCCCCGGCGCCCGGGCCAUGGCCGGAGAUGCCCGGUGAGGACCAGGGCGCCGAAGGCUGGGCUCCCGGGCGCGGUGCGGAGCGAGGCGGCGGCCUGGAUGUGUGAAGCGUCCCCAUGGCUCGGCAGGAGGCGAAGCCCCAGGACCCAAGGGAAGCUGGGCCGGCGGCGAGGAAGCGCAGGGGCCGGCCCGGGGCGCGCGGGCUCGGUGCGGCCGGCGCGGGAGUCGCGUGCUGCCCGGGCGUGAGAGGCUCCGGGCGCGCGCGGGGUGCCCGGACCGCCGGGUCCCUGGACGCGCCGCCGCCGCUGCUGCUGGGACUCCUGCUGCUGGCGGCCCUGCCCGCGCACGGCCGGGCGCACCCGGGAACAGACAACCUACAGACAACUGUCACCCCAAACCCGGAGUUGUUUCCUCCCGGGAAAUUGCCCCCGAUUUCACCAACAUGGCCUUUCUCCGAAGUCCAGUCUUCCUCCGCAGUGGAUAGAAUCAAGGAUGUGCUGGGCCCCACCCCUGACAACACCAGCGUGCUGCCGUUCACCCGAACACCUCCUCCCAAGACACACCGCAGGCCUCGGGCUCACGGGGACCUCUCCGCUUCCCCUCACCAAGGGAGCGGAUAUAGCGCCUCCCUCGAGCCUUCCAAGGAUUCCACCGGGUCGCCGGUCCAGCCAAGACCGCCAGGGGGAAGAGAAGCAGCCGGUGUGUCAGUGAACUUCGCAGUGGCGUCCCAGGCAGAGCCAACAGCAGCUGUAGCAGCAUCCACGUUGCUCCCGAGGAAAUCAAGUCCGGCGGCGCUGUCUGCAGCCCUGGUCGCUAAGGGCCCUGGCAGCAGCCCUUCGGCCGUGGCCUCUGGGUUAGUCAAGAGCAGUUUGACCACUGCUCUAGCUAGACAUGUCACAAACAACACGGCAUCGGGCCCGAAGGCGACACCAGGGGCAGGCCACCCAGCCUCCUCGUUCACGCCAACCUACAUGUUUGCAAAAUCAGCACACACCACGAGCACUCACACAGCCAUGCAAGGGAACACGGGCACCGCCUCCGGCCUGUUGUCCACAACACACCUCCCCAGGAAGCCACAAGCCAUGCACACGAACCUCCCAAACCCCACCCACCCAGACCUGCCCAGGGCGUCCACCACACGCUCGCUGACAAUCACGGCAGCCUUGACGUCCGUCACCGCACCAGUAAGGGCCACGCGGUUGCCGCCUCUGCUGGCAGAAAACCCAAAUGCCGCUCUUCCCGCUGUGUCGACGGCUGUGGUCACAACUGGCAAAAUGGCGUCCAGCCUGGAGUGUCAGAUGUCCAGUAAACUCCUGGUGAAGACAGUUCUCUUUCUGACGCAGAGGAGAGCGCAGAUCAGUGAAACCUUGAAGCUCAGUAUAGCCAAAGGGCUCACGCAGGCAUUGCGCAAGGCUUUCCACCAGAAUGACGUCUCGGCUCACGUGGACAUUCUGGAACAUUCUCAUAACGUCACAGUCGGUUAUUACGCUACCAAAGGGAGGCUGGUGUACUUGCCUGCCGUGGUGAUCGAAAUGCUGGGUGUUUAUGGGGUCAGCAACGUGACUGCAGACCUGAAGCAGCAUACCCCAAGCUUGCAGUCCGUGGCGGCUCUCGCCUCCCCGUGGCAUCCCCAGCCUGCAGGCCACUUCCAGCUGAAAACAGUGCUUCAGUUUGUGAGCCAGUCCGACAACAUACAGUCCUGCAGGUUUGCUCAGACGAUGGAGCAGAGGCUACAGAAGGCCUUCCAGGAUGCCGAGAGGAAGGUGCUGAGCACCCAAAGCAACCUGACCACGCAGAUUGUGAGCACGUCCAACGCCUCCCAGACCGUCACCUUGGUGUACGUGGUGGCCAACCGGAGCUCUUUCCUCAAUGGCACCGUCGCCAGCAGCCUCCUCCGCCAGCUCUCGGCUGAGCUGGUGGGGUUCUACCUCACCUACCCGCCGCUCACCAUUGCUGAACCGCUGGAAUAUCCCAACCUUGACAUAUCGGAGACAACCAGAGACUAUUGGGUAAUUACAGUGCUGCAGGGCGUGGACAAUUCGCUGGUGGGUCUGCACAACCAGAGCUUCGCCCGGGUCAUGGAGCAGCGCCUGGCCCAGCUGUUCAUGAUGUCCCAGCAGCAAGGCCGGCGGUUUAAACGGGCCACCACCCUGGGAAGCUACACUGUGCAGAUGGUGAAGAUGCAGCGGGUGCCGGGACCCAAGGACCCAGCGGAGCUGACUUACUACACCCUGUACAACGGAAAGCCUUUGCUGGGGACCGCGGCUGCCAAGAUCCUGAGCACCAUUGACUCCCAAAGGAUGGCCUUGACCUUGCAUCACGUUGUCCUCCUGCAAGCUGACCCCGUGGUGAAGAACCCACCCAACAACCUGUGGAUCAUCGCCGCGGUGCUGGCGCCCAUCGCCGUGGUCACGGUCAUCAUCAUCAUCAUCACUGCCGUGCUCUGCCGGAAGAACAAGAACGACUUCAAGCCAGACGCCGUGAUGAACCUGCCUCAGAGAGCAAAGCCUGUGCAAGGCUUUGAUUAUGCCAAACAGCACCUGGGCCAGCAAGGGGCGGACGAGGAGGUCAUUCCCGUGACGCAGGAGACGGUGGUCCUCCCGCUCCCUGUCAGAGAUGCUCCUGCCUCGCAGGAAAGGGACGUCGCCCAGGACGGAAGCACCAUCAAGACGGCCAAGUCCACCGAAACCAGGAAGAGCAGGUCACCCAGUGAGAAUGGCUCUGUCAUCAGCAACGAAUCCGGGAAGCCCAGCUCAGGGCGGCGCUCGCCCCAGAAUGUACCGGCGGCGCAGCAGAAAGCGACAAAGGAGGAGGCACGGAAGAGAAAUGUGCCCGCAAGUGAUGAAGAGGAAGGCGCAGUUCUGUUUGACAGCUCUGGCAAGGCGGCUGCUGAUCCCUUUGACUCGUCCUCUGGAUCCGUGCAGCUCAUCGCAGUAAAACCCACAGCCCUCCCCGUGGUGCACCCCACCCCGGACCGGAGCCAGGAGGCCGCAGCGCUCAACGGUGAGGUGAACAAAGCCCUAAAGCAGAAGUCAGACAUCGAACACUAUCGGAACAAGCUGCGCCUCAAAGCCAAGAGGAAGGGGUAUUACGAUUUCCCUGCAGUGGAGACAAACAAGGCUCAGACGGAAAGAAAAAAGAUGUAUGAGAAAGCCCAAAAGGAAGUCGAGCACGUGUUGGAUCCAGACCCAGAACUGUGCGCCCCAUUCGCCGAGUCUAAAAGCAGGCAACAGACGAAGAACUCUGUCUACCGAAGCCGGCAGUCUCUGAAUAGCCCAAGUCCGGGGGAAACGGAGAUGGACCUCCUGGUGACACGGGAGCGACCCCGCCGUGGAAUUCGUAACAGCGGAUAUGAUACUGAGCCUGAAAUCAUAGAGGAAACCAACAUUGACAGAGUUAACGAGCCGCGGGGCUACGCCAGGUCGCGGCAGGUGAAGGGCCACUCUGAGACGUCCACGCUGAGCUCCCAGCCCUCCAUCGACGAGGUCCGGCAGCAGAUGCACAUGCUACUGGAAGAGGCCUUCAGCUUAGCGUCCGCGGGCCACGCGGGCCAAAGCCGUCACCCAGAGGCCUAUGGCUCAACACAGCACCUGCCCUACUCAGAGGUGGUGACCAGCGCCCCAGGGACCAUGACGCGGCCCAGAGCUGGGGUGCAGUGGGUGCCGACCUACCGCCCAGAAAUGUACCAGUACAGUCUGCCCCGGCCGGCCUACAGGUUCUCCCAGCUUCCUGAAAUGGUCAUGGGCUCUCCCCCUCCGCCUGUACCUCCGCGGACUGGCCCCGUAGCGGUCGCUUCUCUCAGGCGGUCCACCUCCGACGUUGGCAGCAAGACCAGGAUGGCCGAGUCCACUGGGCCCGAGCCGGCCCAUCUGCACGACAGCGCCUCCUUUACCCAGGUGUCCAGAGGCCCCGUGUCCAUGGCGCAGUUGGAUCAGUCAGCUUUAAAUUACUCAGGCAAUACGGUGCCCGCAGUGUUCGCCAUCCCCGCUGCCAACAGACCGGGCUUCACCGGCUACUUCAUCCCGACGCCCCCCUCGUCCUACAGGAGCCAGGCCUGGAUGUCCUAUGCAGGAGAGAACGAACUCCCGAGCCAGUGGGCCGAUUCGGUCCCUCUCCCAGGGUACAUCGAGGCUUACCCCCGGUCACGUUACCAGCAGAACUCCCCCUCCAGGCUCCCUCGGCAGUACAGCCAGCCGGCCGGCAUGCACCCCAGCUUGGAGCAGGGCCCUGUGCCCUCCACGGCGGCCUCCCAGCAGAGCCUGGCAGAGAACGACCCUCCCGACACUCCCCUGACCAACAUCUCCACGGCGGCCCUGGUGAAGGCCAUCCGGGAAGAGGUGGCCAAGCUGGCCAAGAAGCAGACGGACAUGUUCGAGUUCCAGGUCUAAGGCCUUAGCCCCGGGGGCUUCCAGACGCUGAGGAAACAGUCUUCGGGCUUCUCAAGCCUAAUGCGUUGGGACUUGAGGCAUAGACAGUGGGUGAGACUUCCUCAGCCUUCGUUUCUGAAAAGGUGAACCGUGGGGCUUCUGGGAAACGAGGAAACUCUUGAACGACUGGAUUCUCGGCCUGUUCAACUGAUUGUAUGUCAAGAAGUCCCUGCUUCGGACCGUAUGCUUGCUGUUCUGUUGUAUUUAAACGGCCGGUGUAUUUCCCUGCGGAGCCUUAGUCAGGAGAGACACUAACUAAUCUGCAGAUUCCUGUCCAAUGCCACACUUCAACAAGUCGCCAGAAGGUGGAGGACACAGCUCUAUCUUUGGUGACUCCUGCAUGUUAACUGUUUCUGUGUUAAAGGUAAUGCAGGCGUGUGAUUGCGCACCAGACUGUACUCUCUCUCAUUCAGCCAUGACUGUACUCGUUAAGAUCACCUCCAGUCUGGAAGGGAGGCACUGACUCCAGGCAAGAAACCUGAGUCCUUUUCUUUUAGAGAUUCCUAUUCAAGGUCAGGUGCAUCGGAUGAAAACCAGUGCUGUCAAUGACUGUACCUCUCCCCCACUCCCCAGUAAGCAGAAGCCAAGAAGGAGAGAAGAUGAGAGGGAAUGGUUGGUGUGUGUUGACAGGUUUUUGAAAAGGUGUUGUUAUCUUGGAACCGGAGUAGCCUGUGGCCUGGGAUCCAGCUGAAAGAGCAGCGGUGCUAAGAGCGUUGAGGGCCCUACAAAAGAAAAGCAGUUACUGGUGGAGCUUUUUCUUUGCCCUGCGAUGAAGGUAGCCUGAGAAUGAAGCUUCUUUCUCUCUUGGGAUAAGAGAUACAUCAUUGAUUUUGUGAGAAACAUCUCUGUCUUUUCAACAGUGACAUCCAGCCUGGGCUGCCGAGCGACACAAAAGGAGCUAGUGAUUGAUGCCUGCUAGAAGCAGGAAGCGUGGGUCCAGUCUCCCCAGCCUGCAGCCUCUGUUUAUCGAAGCUUCUGAAUGUAAAAAAUCGGUUGAUUUACGUUUAAAUGUGAAUAACAUUUUAAAAAGUGUUUGGAGGUAGCCAGUCCCCUCCUUCCCCCACCCCCUGUGGUUAAUGGACACUGGAGGACAUUCGCUGAAAUGGCCGGGCUGCUGACCUUGUGAGGGUGAUGUUGCGAAUCACCUGCCCUGCCAGGGCGAGUCGGCCUCCAGAGCUCUGGGUGGGCAGCGCCUCCCAGCCCCGAGUCACCUGCCGCACAGUCAGCGCGAAGCCGAACAGCUGCUGGCCUCACGCAGGUGGCCUCGGGGAGAAAGCGCGGGUCCCCUCACCACACUGAGGGCUCACUUGGCGUCUCUUGGAGAACGAGGGCCUGUCCUACCUUCACCCAACACCCAUCUCGCUUCAGCUGUCUCCAUUCCCCGAGCCCGUCUUUCCGUUCUCCUCACGAGUUUCUUUGGUCUUUACUGAGAGAAGGUGGAAAUUUCAAAGUGAGAGAAGAGUAGGAGUGGAACUGAUUAGAAUGAGAGAUUCGACUGUCAAAGCACAGACUUUUCAAAGAAGCGGUUUUUAUUUCCCAAUGGCCAGUUGCUCUUUCUGGGAUGUUCCGGAGAGGACGUGUUAUGGAAUUCCCAAACAAGCCUCUUGUUCGGAUGAUGUUAGGUAGUCUUUUGGUAUGCUGGUUGAUCUUUCAUAGUGUUAGCUUUUUGUUACUUAAAAAAAAAAAAAAUCAGCUAUAAAUAAAAUGUAUUUUUGUAAUUUCCAUGUGUAUAUAUAUAUGGUAUAUUUCUACCAAUGGCUAGUUGUUGUAAUCCAAAACCUAAAUCAGCUUGGAAAACCCUAUGGACAGUGUAAGAUUUUAUCGACAGAUUAACACAAUGCCUAAGUCUAUCUAAAUUGGUAUUCAAUGCACUUGAAUGAACAAAGAGCCAAAGAAACUCAGCCUUUUCAUGCAAAUGGUAUGAGUCUGAUAGAGUCAGCUACAUUGUCCCGCCUUAUCAAUAAUAUUAAUAUUUUCAUCAGUGCAAUGACAUCAGCCCAGUACUUUGUCUGCUUGGUAAAUGCCUGGAAAUGUUAUAUGUGGAAAUGAAGUUUUAAGACCUUAGUGUAAUUAAAAUAUAUGCACAUGCUUCAGAGACAGUGUCUGAGCUGUAGAUGUGCCAGUAACUUACAGAGAACGAGCCUGCGGCCCCAGCUUGCUAAGAGAUUGAGAAACAAAUCGUUGCAGUCUUUACAGAACCCAUGAAAUACUGAAUUAGUCAACUGAGACAACUAAACAUGCAGCAUGCUUAAUCAACCCCUCCCUUAAACUAGACACCACCGGUUUUAAGAAAGUACAUGGGAGGAAAACCUUAAAUGGAAAAGAGGUCCGUCUGUCCAUGGUUUCCCAUCCGUGGGCUGACAGCCGCCAUUGUUUCACAUCCUGUGACUAAGAUGGGGUCCCUUCUCUGGAGAGCCUUCUGACCUCAUGGAUGGGACACAUACCUGGAAAGCUGGCUCAGAGAAAAGGCAGAUGUUCAGAAGUGCCUCGUGGAAGUUAAAAUAGAGUUCCAUGAGAGCCCAGAGGCUCUGUGGUCCUCGCGACCCUCCAGACGGUUGGAGAAGCCGCAAGACGGUGGUGACCUUGGAGAAGGAAGCAGUGUCCCGAGAAGCAGAGUGACCUGCCCAGGGCUCCAGCCCCAGCCUGCUGAUUCAUGACCCAACUUGCUUCCCAUUUCACCAUGCUGCCCGCAUGCUUGUCUGUGGUUUCUUGAACUAUGCUAGGAGGUGUAAAAAGUAGACAAGGGUCAUCUGAGACAUUCCCUAUGUUCCUGUGAAGGAAAACAGAUGAUGGAAUGUGUAAAGAACUUCAGAUAAAGUGUAAAGAGGACAAUGCCUUUGUAGCAUAAUAAACAUUUUUUUGGAACUCGU